AUGCUUGGAGAAGGACCUGAGGACGGCUCUCGUCCUCAUGUUCCACCACUAUGGGAAACGGAAAACCGUCCCGCUGACGAUUCCCCCGACCUCCCUCAGCAUGAAGAGACCGGUCUCCCAUACUUACCCGUCUGGCUACGGGAGUCAUCCAAAUCCAUUCGCUGGGGAUGGGUUCCAUUGCCGCUACGCAAAGCAGGCUGGGCCAUAGCCGACUGGGUCAAGGGCCCGAAACCUCCGCAAUCCCUGCUAUUGAAGCCGCUGUUCCCUCGCUAUCAAGAAUUGCCGGUUCGGUUACUCGAACGCUUCUUUCCCAAACGCAAGCACAAGAUCGCAUUGCUGGCACUGCUGUAUAUUGUCUGGUUUCUGCCCUGGACCAUUGUCUUGCUGCAUUCACGACAGGGCGGUUACAUCGAGGGCUAUGGACGACCGAAGACACUCGCUUGCUCCACGAGUCUAUGGCAGUCUGGCAAUGACUGUGGCCUCAACGGCAACGACUGUCGCCCCUUCUCUGCAUCAACUAUGGCCUUCCGGUGUCCUGCAAACUGCCGCGACUCGAAAUUGCUCCAGCCGCAUACGAUCGGCAACCAGACCUACAGCUACCAGGGCCUGGUAGUGGGAGGUCCUCAACCAGAAUCCGAUGAGCCUGCCGUGUAUCGAGCAGAUAGUUUCGUCUGUCAGGCAGCCAUUCAUGCGGGUGUCAUCACUAAUGCGGUUGGUGGCUGUGGUGUCUUGAAACUGGAUGGUGCCGCCCAUUCUUUCCAUGCGUCAAAGCAACAUGGAAUUCGCUCGGUUGAAUUUCCGUCGACCUUCCCCAAAUCGUUCAGCUUUGUCGAGCUGUCCUCAGCACAGGCAACCUGCCCUCAAGAUCCUCGCUGGCCAUUGCUAGGCAUUACCAUUGGCGCACUAAGUCUUCUUUGGCUGUUUUGCGUCUCCCCACCUGUUCUGUUCUUCAGCACGUUCGUCAUGCUGUUUUGCCAGGUGGGACUGGUUUCUGAUCCGCCCUCGAUCUCUCAGUUUGCAGACCUUUUCUCAACUAUGUUCUCACGACUCUUGCCGGCGUCGUUUGUGGCCUUCGUCUUGUAUAAGUAUUGCGCACGGCCGCUUCUGACCCCGCUUUCCGAGCCAAUGUACCAGCUGACUAAACUGUUCCUCUACCUGCCACCUGCCUUUAUUGGUGGUCUGAACAAUUACACUUUCGCCAGGCUGAUCCCGCUCGAGCGUUUGACUCCUCAUGAUAUCCAGAAACAGCCCGGAGCCAAGGUUGCACUGGCUCUAGUGAUCCCCACGGUGGUCUGCAUCAUCUUGAGUCAAGCCUGGCAAAUCCGCAUGGGAGGCUUAAUGCCUCGCUACCUCAAGAUCUAUUGCACUAUGGGUCUCAUCCUACUGAUCUUACUCCCACUGCCAGGUCUGCGCUUGAGAAUCCAUCAUUACAUUCUUGCCAUCCUUCUCAUGCCGGGAACGGCCCUACCUACGCGCCCCUCGUUGAUCUAUCAGGGAUUACUAUUGGGCCUCUUCAUCAACGGCAUCGCUCGCUGGGGAUUUGCGUCGAUCAUCGAAACACCCGCCGCCUUGGGCGAGCAAGCCCCGGGCCCUGGGGGUUCGCACGGAUGGUGGGGCGGGACCUACCCCAAUGUCAGUGAUUCCUCGGUCUCCGUCUCCCUUCCUGGUCCUGGGUCUCCUGAAACACAUCACGGAAAUGGAAACAUCACAUUCAAUCUCUGGGAACGGCAACGUAUGGACAAGAUGGGCGUAGAUGGUAUUUCUGUACUGGUGAACGACGUCGAGCGCUGGCGCGGCUAUCUGGACGAAGACAAGCGGGGUGAGUUUAUAUGGCAUCGACAUGGGCACAGAGGGCUGGAACUGCAACAUCGACCCACCAUCGAGAGUGACCAGCUGGAUGUCACUGUGCAGGAUGAUGACUCUGAGCCGGAAGACCUAUUCUUUCGGUUCGCCUUCCUCAAGGGAGCGGAAGCAGGCAAAUACGGUGGAGCCGGGGUUUGGCUACGGGAUGGAAGAUGGAUAUCGCCGCCUCCGCCGAAGUCGUAA